AUGAUGUCUUAUCUUAAGCAACCACCUUAUGCAGUCAAUGGCCUGAGUCUCACAACCUCGGGCAUGGAUUUGUUGCAUCCGUCCGUCGGUUAUCCCGGGAGCGCUUUUAGUGCCCCCUCCCCGGCGAGGUCUCCCCGCCACCGGCUGUUUUUCCCCCCGCCGCCUUGGGUUUUCCUGUGCAUCCCUAACACCAGGCUCUUUCUCUCUCCCUCCCCGUUUCUCCGUCUCCAGGUAUGGUUUAAAAACCGCCGAGCCAAGUGCCGGCAGCAGCAGCAGCAGCAGCAGAACGGGGGCCAGAACAAGGUACGGCCGGCUAAAAAGAAGAAUUCGCCGGCCCGGGAAGUGAGUUCGGAGAGCGGGACCAGCGGGCAGUUCACUCCCCCCUCCAGCACCUCGGUUCCCACCAUUUCCAGCAGCAGUGCCCCCGUAUCCAUCUGGAGCCCAGCGUCCAUCUCCCCGCUCUCCGACCCCCUGUCCACAUCUUCCUCCUGCAUGCAGAGGUCCUAUCCCAUGACCUACACCCAGGCAUCAGGCUACAGCCAAGGAUACGCUGGCUCAACCUCCUAUUUCGGAGGGAUGGACUGUGGAUCUUACUUGACCCCUAUGCACCACCAGCUUCCCGGACCAGGGGCCACCCUGAGUCCCAUGGGUGCCAACGCGGUCACCAGCCACCUCAACCAGUCUCCAGCCUCCCUCUCCACCCAGGGCUAUGGAGCCUCCAGUUUGGGCUUUAACUCCACCACCGAUUGCUUGGAUUAUAAAGACCAAACCGCCUCCUGGAAGUUAAACUUCAAUGCUGACUGCUUGGAUUAUAAGGACCAGACAUCGUCAUGGAAGUUCCAGGUUUUGUGAAGAACCUUUGUGAUAACGAGAGAAAUCGCGACGAGAACGAACAGGCUGGGCUGAACGCUCCAGUUUUAGUCAGGUCUUGGUUAAAUUAAAGAGAAAAAUUAACUCAACAGACAAACAAACGAACAAAAAAAAAAAAGCCGACAGCGACAAGAGGGGGGACAGUGUUGGUGUGAUCCCGUUCAGACUCAUCUCCUGCUCAGACGCUCUGGAAAAGGAAUAAUAAAGAGGAAAAAAACGGAGGAGGAAGGCCUUAAACGGACAGAUCAUCUAGUGAGCAGAAAACAGACAGACCCAUCUGUGUUCUUUCUAGUUUUAGGCAAUUGUUGGGUUUCUUUGUUUGGAAGAGGUGGGAGAUCGUCCUACCUACGGGCCAGUUUUAAAAAAAAAAAAAAAAAAAAAAAAAAAAGGAAAAAAAAAAAAGCCUAGGUUUUUAUUUCUUUUUUUUUGUGUGUGCGUGGAAAGAUCCUUCACCCAGAGGUUUCCAAUGUGUUAGCCAACCCUCGGUUAAAGUAUUCGGAAUGGACAGCAUCUCUCUUUUUGUCCCUCUUUUUCUCCCUCCCUCUUUCUUUCUCUCUCGCUCUUGAGCUCAUCCAACUGUUUCAUGCCCAACUCGCUCAAGUUGGCACCCGGAGAACUUGGUUCAGGGCUGUGUGGGUUGUGUGACUGAUUGUCCUAGCUGCACUACUUUAUUUAAAGAUUAAAAAAAAAAAGAUAAUGUUCAUAAGGAGUCAAUAUGUAGUUUUUAAGAGACAAUCAGUGUGUGUCUUAUAUAAAUGGUACAUCUGUGGUUUUUAAUCUGUGCUAGACUUCAAAACUGUGAUCUCCUGUAUUGUAUGCAACUAUGAACUCCGCACCAGCGGGAGUUCUGCUGUGAUUUAAAUAGGUUAUAAUUAUAAGUGAAAUUCAGAGCAACUGAGUUACCUAUUAUCAUCUUUUAAAAAAAAAAAUACAAAAAUAUAUAUUAAAAAUAAAAAAAAAAAAGAAAAACACGGUCGCCUUUCACCUGAGGUGAGCUGCACUGAAACUUUUUACAACAAACUGUCUCUGAAUGAAAGAGAAAAGACCGAAUAAACCCCACCUGAGGACAUUAAAACUCCUCUGGAGCUCACUUACUGCUGGCCACGCCGGCAGUAACCGUCAAAUCCAACAGGACUUUGGGCAGUUGCUCUGACCUGGAUGAAUUUAAACCGAGAAAUUCAUUGUCGUUUAUGCUUGCAGAUGUUAACUGAAAAAAAAAAAAAAAAAGAUAUAUAUGCAUAAACCUUUUUUUUCCUGGAUUUGGCAGAUAUGUAUAAUUAUAUUAAAAUGGUUCUAGCACA